AUGAAAAAAAAUGCAUCACGUAAGAAUUUAGAAAACGAAUUUCAAAAGGACGACUGCGACGACAUGUAUGACCUUAUCUCGGUUAAAACAGACUUGAAGUUAGUGAUCAAAAGAAUUGAAUCUCUCUCAGAAAAUAUGAAGACUUUCGAAAAAUCAAUAACUUUCUGUUCUGAUUCAAUUGAUGAAUUUGGGUCUAAAUUAGAAAGUGUUAUAAACAAAAUCUCUGAAAUGGAAAAUAAAGUGCAAACUUAUGAAUUACGUUGUAAUAAAUUGGAAAAAGAAUUAAAUAUUCUAAAAGCGACAGUUAAUAGUACUGAACAAUUGACCUUAGCCAAUAAUAUAGAAAUAAGUGGAAUUCCUAAAACACCUAAUGAAAAUAUUUCUGAAAUAGUUAAUACUGUAGCUCGAGUGUUGAACUGUCAGUUAAAUAAAGACGACGUUAUUGAUUCUUUUAGGAAUAAAUCUCGUCAAAAUAAUUACGGAAGAAUAGUAGUACAAUUCAACUCAAAAGCAGUUAAAGAUUCACUCAUAAAUAGCAUGAAGUCUCGCUACAAAGAUAAAAAUCCACUUAUGACAAAAGAUAUCCACUCAAAUUUUAGUAAUUCUAAGGUAUUUAUUAACGACCAACUUACACAAAAUAACAAAAAACUAUUAUGGCUGGCUAAAGAAGUCGGAAAAUACUACAAUCACAGAUACACAUGGGCCAACAUGUCAGGAGUAUUCGUUAGAAAAGUAGAAGGAGGACAAAUUUUCAAAAUUCAAAAUUUAGAAGUAUUACAAAAAAUGGACGCGGAAAAAAAUAUUACGUCGUUAUGGGACUACUAG